AUGCCGCAGCAUCCCUUUUCUAUAGUUAACAGCUGCAGCCUCCGCCCUGACACCAGCAGGCAGCAGCAGCUGCAGCAGCUGCAGCAGGUGCUGCAGCAGCUGCAGCAGCAGCUGCUGCUUCACGCUCCUCAUCGCCGCGAGUGCAGGGCCCUCCACCCUCUCUACAAGAGAACAAAGAAGCAGCAGCAGCAGCAGCAGCAGCAGCAGCAGCAGCAGCAAAAUACUGGCGUUUGUGUGGAGGAAAAAAGUGCAUUUGGGAGUGAAAGAAAGUGUCGGAAGUGUGCAGACUUGGGGAACGGCGAGGAGCUGGUUGAAGAAAGUGUUUGUGACUUUUCGAGGCAUGUUGAGCAUUCUCGAGGCCUGCUGCAGGUUGGGCCGCGAACGAAAGACGCGCAGAGCGACGAGGCCCCCACGCUGGGCUGCAAGAUGAUUGGUUUCCUGCAGCUGCUGCGGGCGUGUCGGUUCUCGGCUUCCGCGGCGCUGAGCGCCGCUGCUGCUGCGAGCAGCAGCAGCAGCCGCGGGGGCGGUGCGCGGCGGCGGCUGGCUGCUGCUGCUGCUGCGGGGGGGGGCCGCGCGCUGCAGCAGCAGCCGCGGCCGCGGGAAGACCGCUUCCCGGGGCCCCCGCCGCGGCUGUGUGCCUCCGCGCUGGCGCUUGCUGCAGCGAGUUCCGCGCUGCUGGUGGCUGCGCUGGACCCGCAGGGCCCGCCUUCGCCUGCGCAGUGCGAGGGGGCCCCCGGGGGCCCCUCGGGGCCCCCCGGGGCUGCGUCUUCUGCGGCGGGCGCGGCGUCGGGGCCGCCGCGGGCGCGC